UCCAGGCUUCAGCCCCAGCCAGCCACCCCACAGGGGCCUCUGUCUCCUUUUCCGUAGUUUGGGGGGAUCAUAGGGGUGCCCGCCUCUCAGGGCCAGUAGGAGCCUGGGGUGCCCAGUGAGACUGGUCCUUGGCUCCCAUGCAGCCCCACUGGACAGCCUAAUUCCCUUUGUAAAGCUCCCUCAUGUGGACCCCCAUCCAGGGCAUUGACCUGAUGCUGGCCUGGGAGGAGGGGAGAACAGAUGGGUGGUCCCAGAGGAUGGGGGCCAUGACGGUGGGUGUGGGGACAGGGGAGUGGGCAGGGCAGUCAGAAGUCCCCACCAUGAACAAGGCUCUGUCCCAGCAGAACUGGUUCAUCAGCCACCAACUCUGCUGGCGCUGCUGUGCUGACCCGCUUGCUUAGUCACCCCAGCAGCAACGCGAUCCCAGUGACAUGGAUUAGGAAGCAGGUAGAGAGGUUCAGUGGCCUACCCGAGCAAGCACACUAGUCAGUGGCACAGCUGGGGCUGGAGCCAGGCCCUGGAACUGCACACUGGAGCCCCGUGAUCUUGCCCUUAUCAGCUCUCCAUCCUGAGGACAGCCCUGCACUGCACGUGUUUCCACCUCCUCCUCGUGCCAGGACGGUCGCAGAAACCUCCAUAUUUUGUCAAGUCUCCAUGCUGGCAAGUGCCAGUCCUGGAAUUUGAACACGUGUCUGACUCUGAAAGCCUGUGCCUUUUCUGCUGAUGUCCGAGGCUCCCUCUGGGUAGAGCCAAGGUAGCAGGCAUUUGAGGCCCCGGCCAGGUGAGGGCAUGGAGAUGGGGGCUGCUGGGCGUGCAGGGGCAGACGGGCCAGCUGAGUUCUGGGCCUCAGGGCAGGGCUUAAGGCCAGGCUGGCGCCUGGGGUGACCUGGUCUCCUUGCUUCCAGGCCUGGGGUGUGCUGGCUGCCGUCAUGCCCUCUGUGUCUCCAGCGGGGCCCUCGGCCGGGGCAGUCCCCAAUGCCACCGCAGUGACAACAGUGCGGACCAAUGCCAGCGGGCUGGAGGUGCCCCUGUUCCACCUGUUUGCCCGGCUGGACGAGGAGCUGCAUGGCGCCUUCCCAGGCCUGUGGCUGGCGCUGAUGGCGGUGCACGGAGCCAUCUUCCUGGCGGGGCUGGUGCUCAACGGGCUGGCGCUGUACGUCUUCUGCUGCCGCACCCGGGCCAAGACACCCUCAGUCAUCUACACCAUCAACCUGGUGGUGACCGAUCUACUGGUAGGGCUGUCCCUGCCCACGCGCUUCGCUGUGUACUACGGCGCCAGGGGCUGCCUGCACUGCGCCUUCCCGCACGUCCUCGGUUACUUCCUCAACAUGCACUGCUCCAUCCUCUUCCUCACCUGCAUCUGCGUGGACCGCUACCUGGCCAUCGUACGGCCCGAAGGCUCCCGCCGCUGCCGCCAGCCUGCCUGUGCCAGGGCCGUGUGCGCCUUCGUGUGGCUGGCCGCCGGUGCCGUCACCCUGUCGGUGCUGGGCGUGACAGGCAGCCGGCCCUGCUGCCGUGUCUUUGCGCUGACUGUCCUGGAGUUCCUGCUGCCUCUGCUGGUCAUCAGCGUGUUUACCGGCCGCAUCAUGUGUGCACUGUCGCGGCCGGGUCUGCUCCGCCAGGGUCGCCAGCGCCGCGUGCGGGCCAUGCAGCUCCUGCUCACGGUGCUCAUCAUCUUUCUCGUCUGCUUCACGCCCUUCCAUGCCCGCCAAGUGGCCGUGGCGCUGUGGCCCGACAUGCCACACCACACGAGCCUCGUGGUCUACCACGUGGCCGUGACCCUCAGCAGCCUCAACAGCUGCAUGGACCCCAUCGUCUACUGCUUCGUCACCAGUGGCUUCCAGGCCACCGUCCGAGGCCUCUUCGGCCAGCACGGAGAGCGUGAGCCCAGCAGUGGUGACGUGGUCAGCAUGCACAGGAGCUCCAAGGGCUCAGGCCGUCAUCACAUCCUCAGUGCCGGCCCUCACGCCCUCACCCAGGCCCUGGCUAAUGGGCCUGAGGCUUAGUCAGCAGGGCUCUGCCAGGGGCCGAAGGUCAGGACUCAUCUGGGCAUGCCAGCGUGGACACCCACCAUGCCAGGGGUGGCAAUCGGUUCCAUCUCAAUUGAUUGGUGAUGGCUACCCAGAACACCACAUUGAGCGUCUAAGGCCACUGUGCUGUGGUUGAUUAGCAAUGUCUGCCACUGGCUCUGAUGGGAUGUGGUGGCCUGAAUGCUGGUGAUUUGCUGUUCCUGGGGUAUAGCACGUCCACUGAAAACUCACAGGGGUAGCCGGGAGCUGCUCCUCACUUUGGCCAGUUUGUCUCCAGAAGGAGUUCCUCAGAAAAAAGGGCAAAGUGGAUUCCAUUGAUUAGAAGGAUGAGAUGAAAAAGAAAAAAGAAAAAAGGACAAAGAUUAUUUAGGUGCUGGGAAUUCCCAAGAGAGUUAAGAAACAACCUGAAUUCCCGAGAGAGCUAACAACAACAAUGCUCCCUCCAACACACACACAGGAGGAAGGACAAGGACAGAAAGAAAAGGCCAGGGAGCAUUCGUGUUGCAUUAAUGGAGGUGGGGGGGUGCAUGUCUCUGCAAGACCCCCUCACCUGAGGCCUCCGUGAAUUGCACGAUAAAACGGCAGACACCCACAGUGCUCUGCUGUGAGCAAGCACUUUGAUAUCUAGGUUGCACUUGAACCCACAACAACCCACAAAGGAGAGGCUAUUUUUCAUCCAUUUCUUGGUGCUGGAGGGGUCAAGUGACACACACAGGGGCCACAGCUGGGAAAUGGCAGGGUCAGAAUGAAAACCAGCCCCACCUCCUCCAGUGCCCUUGCACCUCCUUCCACGGAGAGUGCACGAUCUUCCCAAAACCCCCACUCUAGGAAUGGCCUCAGAACGGCUCGCCUGCUGCCCCAGGCAGAGGCAGUGCUCACAGCCCCAUCCUAUGGAUAAGAAAACCAAGAACAAAGUCACGCAGCAGUGAACCCAGGCAUGCCAGGUUGUGGCCACCAUCUCCCCAUGCAAACAGCCAUUUUCCUCCCCUCCGGGGGCAGAGAGGACAUGACCAGCUGCUCUGGCCCAGCUCACUAUGAGUCCCCAUGCUUUCACUAGGGAGGGAGCUUUUCUCUGGCUGGGGCCUCUGAUCAUCUCCUCAGAGCUGGACUCUAGGAUUUCCUCCCACGUGCCUUCUGCCGAGUGUCCAAGCUCCCAGCCCUUUCAGGACUGGUAAUGGGGAAGGGAGCCUGUGGUGAGGAAGAGGAGUGUGGGACAUCCCUGGCACUUCCGGCUCUGAGGCCCUGCCAUCAGACCUGGCCAUAGCCACUGAAGCAGGCGAGUUGGGCUCAGGUCCUCAGGCCAGGCCUUUGGCUACAGAGAAGUCCUACACACUCAGGGUGACCGUGGCCUGUGUGGCUGGGAGCAGGAUGGGGAGGAGGAGGAAAAGGCCGGGGCUCCCCGAUUCAGCUCGAGGCAGAGUCUCCUGUCCCCAGUUUAGGGUCCUGGACUUUAUAUCCCCAUGUUACACAUGAAGAAACUGAGGCUCAGAGGGAGAAAGGGGCUUGCCAAGGUCAUAGAGUGAGUGCCUGAGUCAUCCAAGGCCAGUAUUGUCCUCACCAACCCCAGCUGUGGCCAUGUGGAGCAGCUGAGGUGGGGGGCACCAGCCCAGAAGAGUCAGAGGUGUGCCCAGCAAGGUGGUGGAACUGGGAGUGCUGCCAGGGCUACUUCCUCCCUGGGUCCGGAUGCCCGAGAAGCAGUGGGUAUCACCAUGGCCGCCAGCAUUCUUGAUACUUACCAGGCACCAGGCACAAUUCUGGAACCUUCCCCCAGCCCCCAGCUCUCGGGUGCUGCUCAGAGAGGGGCCGUGGCUUACCAGGGAUGCGGGUUCCACAAGGCACAGGGGCCCAGCGUUCGGGAAAGGACACGGCUGGGGGACAGGGCUGUGCAUGCAGAAAAACCCCGCUGACCACAGGUGCAGCCUUCACAGCGGCUUUCAGGCAAGCAGGCACCAACAGCGAGCGAGCCAUCAUUCCCAGGGCUGCGAGCCGGCACCCACGUGGUCACACGCCUAGAGCUGAGGAGUGAGGGGUCAGGGCUCAGGUGUCCUGCCCAGCCCAAGCCAUGAGCUUCUUCCAGGCUCAUGUGGCCCACCAGUCCCUGAAUGGCCUUGCUUACCUGGGACCCCUCCACCCACGCUCACAAGUCAUCCAGGGCCAGGGACUCUGGACUCCAUUCCUCCAGGGGCUGUGGGUCCUCUUGCUCCAUCUUAAGGGGCGCCCAAAGCCCCAGAGACUACCUGCCGGCUCCCACUCCCGCCUCUCAAGCAAGCUCUGCACGUGGCCUGGAGUAUGACACCCCUCUGCCCUUGGUCCCGCACUGUACUGUGAAGACCCCUCCAGCCCGGGGCUGCAAGGAGGCAGGGGCCAGGGGGAAGGAGUGCUAAGGUGACGGGGAAUGGCCUGGGCAAAGGUAAGGCCAAGCGCCCGCCUCGCUGGGGCCAGUGAAGGGCCUUCCAUGCAGCUUCCCGGCCCCUCCCCUCCCCUACCAGUCUUCCCGGCCCCUUCCCCGCCAGUCUUCCCUGCCCCUCCUCCACCAGUGUUACCUGCCCCUCGAGCCUUUGGCCUCCCCAUCAAUGACCCCCAGCCUGGCUCCAUUCCUGGUUGUCACUCUAAUUCACACUAAAGAGUGAAUGGCUGACACUUGAGGAUUGCUGUGCUUGAAGAGGCAGGGCUUGCAAUUUUUCUGGAACAAUCCCUUUCUUCAGGAGGAAGGGUCUCUAAGGUAGGUGAGCCAGGUCCCCUCCUUGUCUCCAAGUCUGAAAUCCCAUCAUUCAACUUGGGUUCCUCGGGCCUCAGAGGCUUCUCAGACUAUAAGAGGCCGGGAGAGGAAGGACAUCCUGUCCGAAGCAGGUGCGUCCACUACCACUCAUGCUGGACAGAACAGGCCGCCUGUCUUCUGUGGCCAGGGACACAGGCUUGGGGCCCAUCCUCAGACCUCUGAGAACUGCCUGCCAGCCCCCGAUGCAGAACCCUUGAUAGGCAAGCCUCAGUUUCUCCACACCCCACUCCUCUUUCUCCUCUCCUCAGCCUUACAGCUGGAGGGCAGGGGGCUGGGGAAGGGGGUCACCCCAGUGCCCUGGACUGGGCCCCACAGCUCCCCCGGCUGCUUGCUUCCUCCUUCUGACGGCCAGCUCCUUCCCACUUCAGCCUCCUCUGUGGGCACCGAGGCCCAGGAGGUUCAAAAGUCAGACCAAGACUGUCCUUGGUCCCACAGGGGCAGAGGUAAGAUCUGUGCGUGCCCCCUCUCCACACUCACGGGGACAGGGCGUGAGAUCUUCGCACCCCCUCCCCAUGGUCUCCCUUUCCAGAUUUUCAAAACGCCCAAGUGACGUGAAAUGGUGUGUGUAUUUAUAUCCGACGUAAACAAUCUCCUUCACGAGAUGUCCUCGUCUGGAAUUAAAGCUGUUUAUUCUAUUCUUGCCCACGACUCUGCUCCUGGGCUGGUGGGGGACAUGGAGCUGGCGGAGGGUAUGGAGCAGGGUGGCAGCCCUACGCACGCUCCAACUCUGUGUCCUGCGGACCAGCAAGGCUCCACAGGGAGGCAGCGGCAGUGGUUUUGUGGUUUUGUCAUCCCUGCUGGGAGGCAGAUUUAGGGGCCUUGAGCCCUGCCCAGCUCUGAUGGGCAGGGGAUGGAGGGGGCACAAGUGGCUGACUUGCCAGCAGGGUGUGGGCAUAGCAGCUGGGUGGGGGGCAUGGACCAGCAGAACAAGGGGCUCCAUCCCUGAUCCCGACCCUGCCUACCCAGGGCAAGGACGUGGAGGUGGGCGAGGCAGCCAGACCACCCACAGCCACUGAGUCCUAUCAUAUCAGCAGAGAUAUGGCCUAGAGGGAGAGGGAGGGGAUGGGUCAGCUGGUCCAACACACCAGGGAGAGGGAGCACUGGCCUCCUUGUGGGCCUACUAAGUGCCGCUGAGUGGCCCCUUCACUGAACCUGGGAGGGUGAGAUGACCACCUCCAUUCCUAGAGGAGAAACUUAGGCUUUGGGGGUGGCCAGGGAGGGGGCUCAAACCAGGGCCCCCAGGUGCCCAGUUCUUUGUCUCUGGUCUGGCCCAGCAGAGCUCUGGGUGGGGAGGCGCUGUCUGGGGGCUCAUCACUCCCACAGUCUGGCACCCGCGGCGGCCGGAGGCGUCUGGAUGUAAAUAUUAGGGCCUGUUUAGAUUAAAGCUCCAUUAAUAGCAGGAAAUGUUGCCUGGGUGCCUGCCCCAGCUUCCUGGAGGCCUGAAGGCAUGGAGCGGGGUGGGGAUGCACUAUCUGCGCUGGACACCCCCCCGUGUGCCCUAUUGGAGCUGGACACCCCCUAUCUCCACCCCCCCACGCACCCUGCUUGCCACCUGGCUUAGCAGUUCUGACUCCAGCCUCCCUGCCUCUUCACACACAGCCCCUCCUCUCUCCUUCAGGGCCUCUGCAGCCCAGCGCUCUGUGUUCCCCACCCCGUCACCUCCUGGGGCAAGUCCUCACGGGAUGAGAGGGGACCCACGUGGCCACAUCCGCCCACCCUCCAGAGCUGGGCCCCCACCCGAAGGGGUCUGUGCACCCAAUUCACAGAGGAGAAAACUGAGGCUUAGAGACAUCAUGGGACCAACCCAACGUACCCAGGCGCCACCUCAAAAAGGAGCUGGAAUUCCCCUCCCAGCCCUGCCUGACUC